AUGAGCUGGACGCGUCCUUGCCACGGUGUGGACUGGAGCCACAGCCUCUUUUACCUGACUUUACUGCUGUGGACCAGACGCAUGAAUGGACUGGCUGAUUUCUCAAACUACCUGGUCAGAAUCAUCACCAGUCAUUCGGCUUACGCGUGUGAUGGACAGCCUCUGCGACUCCAUUGUCCACGUCACUCCACCAUCUCCAUCCAGUCUGCCUUCUAUGGGAGCAGUGAGGCGAGGCUGUGCAGAGCAGACCCUCCACUCAGAGCCCACAACCACAGCUGUUCAGCUUUUACUGCUCUACAGAAGCUGCUGUCAGAGUGCCAGAGCCACAGAGAUUGUCGUCUGCCUGUCAAUCCCCUGCUAUUUGGGAAGGACCCCUGUCCUGGAACUACCAAAUACCUCCAUGUGGAGUACAAGUGUAAACCAACUGAACACAAAAGACAUGUGGCAUGUGAGGGAGAGACCAUGGUCCUGCGCUGUAAGCCCCCCAGGGUGCUGAACAUCUAUGCAGCUGUCUAUGGGAGAGGUCUGAGCCAGACUGACACCUGCCCCUCACACCUGACAAGACCACCCCCAUUUGAGUGUCUGAACCACGAGGCUGUACAGUUGGUGUCCAAGGCCUGCUAUAGCAAACAGACUUGUGCUGUUGCUGUCAGCAACGAGACCUUUAGGGAUCCCUGCUUUCCAGGAACCAGGAAGUACCUCAGUGUGGUCUAUUCUUGUGUGCCAAGGACUUUACUAAAGGAGGCAGACCCCCUCCUUUUCAGCUCCACCUCAUCUCCCAUUGUGAGCACAGAAAAAGGCCCUCCUGCAGAUCUGGAGGAACCUCUUUCCAAAGAGUCAAGAAGGCCAGAGAACUCAGGAGCCAUGAUGAGCAACUCUCUCCUGACCUAUGCCUACAUUAAAGAGCAUCCAGAAAUGGCAGCGCUGUUGUUCACCUCCAGCGUGUGUGUCGGUCUUCUGCUCACACUGCUGGCCGUAUCAGUUCGAGUGACCUGCAAAGGGCAUCGGCUCAGUGAUCAGAGACUCACACCCAGGUCCCACAGUCAGACCGCCAACUGCCAAGAAGAUGAGGACGAUGAGGAAGAGGAAGAAGAAGAUGAUGAUGAUGAUGAAGAGGGAACAGAAAGCUCUUUAAUCUCAACCACAGAGAGGAAGGCAAUAUAUGGCUGGGAGGAGGUGACUUAUGUGAGUGAGGCAGCGGAACGGGCAGAGAGGAUUGAGCGCAGAGAGAUGAUCAUACAAGAGAUUUGGAUGAAUGCCUAUCUGAACGGCAGCUCAUGUUAACUAAAUGCUACUCAGCACCUUCAGGAUCUUUUCAGGAUUUUCUCC